UUCAGAACAAUCUCCUUCAGCUCACUUCUUUGCACGCUCACCCUCCUUUUACAUCACCGGCGCCGGCGCCAUUCCUACUCCUUUCGAUUACCCCGUACACGACACAACGGCACACACACCAAGACGAAGUUAUUUGCUCCUGGCGACUUUGUAAAAAGCACGGUUUCUUCAAACUGCGCACGCUUCCCUGCUACUACUUUCUCCUACCGGUCUCGCACACGCUCUUUGACACUGAAAAGAUAGUCGCUCUUUAGGCUCCUCUUCGCAAUAUUUUCAUUAGCUUAGCUACGCUCCAGACCUUUAAACUUCUUCUCUCUCUCUACGACUUGGCUUCCCUCGUCAUCCUAAACCAUCCACGUACGCACAUCGUGGAAGAUGUGGACCAAUGUUCUGUCGGUUUUCAUCUUCGCAACCUUCUUUGCGCGCUCGACACGCGCCCUUUCAUCAUGGUACACAGAGCCAGGUGGCACACCUACGGGUUCGGUAGACGGCGAUAAGGUGCGAGGAGUCAAUUUGGGUGGAUGGUUCAUCUUGGAGAAUUGGAUGAUGCCCAGUUUUUUUGAGGAAUCAAUUGUCAGAGAUACGUAUCUCAAUGACGAAUGGUCUUUCUGUCUAGUUCUGGGACAGGAUGAGUGCCUUGCAAGACUACAGCAACAUUGGGAUACUUACAUCACUGAGGAUGACUUCAAGAGAUUCGCAAACUAUUCUCUCAACACAGUGCGGAUACCCAUGGGAUACUGGGCAUGGACAACACCAGAGGAUUACGAGCCUUAUAUUCAAGGACAGCUCCCCUAUCUUGAAAGAGCUCUGAACUGGUCCAGCUGGUACGGUUUAGACGUCAUGAUGGAUCUCCAUGGCCUUCCUGGGGGAGCGAACGGCCAAGACAACCAAGGAUACAAGGGACCGAUAGAGUUUCAGCUGAACAGCACGAACAUGGAUAGAGCCAUGGAAGCACUCGCAAACAUGACACAGUAUGUGACAGCAGAAAAAUUCGACGGUGUCGUUAAAGCCAUCGAACUAACGAAUGAGCCUUACAUCUUAGAAUACAGCUCACGCGGAAUGGACUUUUAUACUUUGGCCGACUUCUACGUGAAAGGCUACCAGGUCGUCCGAGCAAACGAAAACAUCAUUGACGGAGCCAAUGAAGUAAUGGUCGUCAUUCAUGACGCUUUCCAACCACUCUUGAACUGGAAGUAUUUUUGGGGAGAAGAAAGUCUGGGCUUGAACUGGACUAACUAUGCGCUUGAUACCCAUAUUUAUGAUGCCUUUGGUGGCGCCGAUCAAAAGUCAUACCAAGAGCACUUGGACACAAUAUGUGCCCUAUCGGCCUCUAUCGCUGAAGCCCAGCAGUAUUUCCCCGUCAUUGUUGGAGAAUUUGCUCUGGGCGUCAACACGUAUUGUGUGGAUUAUCAGUCUUGUUGGGGCCUUACCAUGGACGAGGUCAUCGCCAAUUUUACCUCUACAUACGAGGCAUCUCUCUUUCUGCGCCAAUUCUGGGAGGUUCAGUCAGAUGUGUAUGAGCUUGGAGCUGGAUGGAUAUUCUGGUCAGUUCACCAUGAGCUUGCUGGACCAUGGAGUUGGACACAGUCGGCUGCUCAAAAUUGGAUUCCAAUGGAUCCUUCUGAAAAAAUCUGGCCCUUCGAUUCUGAUGCCUCGUCCUACUGUCUGGACACCUUUAACCCCUUAGAAGGUGACCAAAAUCUCCCUUACUUCCCUUUGUACGCCAACAAUUACACCAAUAUCGACAUUUCCUCAGUUAAGCCUGUGAGACUGAACGUCAACCCCGCUUCCAACUCCACAGUAGCCUCUGCCACUUCGUCUUCUACCACUUCUAGUUCACAAUCCUCGACAGCCAGUCCGUCUAGUUCUUCGUCAGAAAGCGGUAGUUUUUAUACAGCUCCUCUACCGUCCUCUUUGGUUUUGCUGCUUAUGGUGGUUGCUGUCAGCCACCUAUGAUUUGUAAUUAGUCCCCAAGAUCCCUGGCGGGUACCAGAGACCUUUGACAUGUGAUCCGUAUGGCGCUCGCCUUGACAGCUGGACAGACAAGAUAAAAUAUUCACAGUCUUAAUACAAGGU